CUGAAUAUUUUAGUGGAGAUUUUGAAAAAAUCGAACAAAAAAACUUAAUUUAAUUAAAAUAUGACAUUUGCCAUGCUUUAAUUUUAAAACAGACUAGAUAGACUAGAUUGCAUGAAAGAUUUCUUCUCAUUCUGCAAAAAAUUCAAAAGGAAAAAGACUCGGAAAAUGGAUAAUCUUAACAAAGUUCUUAAUACAACACGACCAGUUGUAAGUGGAUUGCUGCAUAAAUAUACCAACGUAGUUAAAGGAUUUCAACUCAGAUACUGUAAAGUUGAUGCUGAGAAUGGCUUAUUAAGCUACUAUUUAUGCGAGAACAAUGAAGAAAUCGGAAACAAUCCAAGGGGCAUUGUAAAAUUGAUAGGUGCAUUAAUUAAUCCAUCCGAUGAAGACUCCAGGACUUUCACAAUCAAUUCCAGUUCGGGCGAUGUUAUCAAGCUAAAAGCAAACGAUGCAAAGGCACGACAAGAAUGGGUAGAUGCUUUACGUGCGGUUGUUGAAAACCUAUCAUCACAAUCGAGAUCUACAAAAGAACAUUUGGCAACUUAUGAUUGCUUUAUUGCAAGCAGGAAGCAGCUACAGGAAACGGAAUCGUGCAAUGCUGAGUUAUCUCGGAUAAUUGAGAAUUGUGAUUUUCAUAAUGACAAAGAUUUCUUGCUAAUGAAGGCACUGUCGUCAGCUACAACAUCAACAUUAUCGCAAGCUCUCGUCUAUCUUCAAAAGUACAAUGAUUCAGCUAGAAACGAAUUGUACUAAGAUUUAUUUACCAUUCCCCAAAUUUUUCCUUUAAGAGAAUUAUUAUGUUAAUAAAUUUUAUGUAUCACAUUUUUGAACUUAAUAACAGCACUUUUUAAAACUCGGAACUGCAA